AAGUAAAUGCUUCCGAAUGCUACAUAAAUAUCAUAAAUAAAAUCUUUAAAUCUUUAAAUCUUUAAAAUCAUCUUAGGACUUUCCUUUAACGCAAUGGAUUCGAAAAUUGUUUUAUUUGCUAUACUCUCGAUAAAUUUACAACAAUUCACACAAGGCGAAUUUCAGCAAAGUCUAGCCAUAACCGAUAUAUUACCUGAAGAUAUAAAACGAUAUGAUAAGAUGAGACCGCCGAAAAAGGAAGGAGCACCUACUAUUGUUUAUUUUCACGUCACAGUCAUGGGUUUAGAUUCAAUUGAUGAAAAUUCAAUGACUUACGUUGCCGAUAUAUUUUUCGCUCAGACAUGGAAGGAUCAUCGAUUACGUUUACCUGAGAAUAUGACAACUGAAUAUCGUUUACUUGAAGUUGAUUGGUUAAAAAAUGUCUGGCGUCCAGAUUCGUUUUUCAAAAAUGCUAAAUCAGUUACAUUUCAAACCAUGACUAUACCCAAUCAUUAUAUGUGGCUUUACAAGGACAAAACUAUAUUGUAUAUGGUGAAGUUGACAUUGAAGCUAUCGUGCAUUAUGAACUUUGCAAUUUAUCCCCACGACACGCAAGAGUGUAAACUGCAAAUGGAAAGUUUAUCUCACACUACGGACGAUAUGAUAUUUCAAUGGGAUCCAACGACACCGUUAGUGGUCGAUGAAAAUAUUGAAUUGCCGCAGGUUGCACUGAUACGCAAUGAGACCGCCGAUUGCACCCAAGUCUAUUCAACCGGAAAUUUUACUUGUCUAGAAGUUGUCUUCACUCUAAAGAGACGCCUGGUAUACUAUGUUUUCAAUACUUAUAUACCGACAUGCAUGAUUGUUAUAAUGUCGUGGGUUUCGUUUUGGAUAAAACCCGAAGCGGCACCAGCCCGUGUUACACUCGGUGUUACAUCAUUGCUUACUUUAUCGACGCAACAUGCGAAAUCGCAAUCAUCUCUCCCCCCUGUAUCUUACCUAAAAGCGGUCGAUGCAUUCAUGUCUGUCUGCACGGUGUUUGUGUUCAUGGCUUUAAUGGAAUAUUGCUUAAUCAAUAUUGUCUUGAGUGAUACACCGAUACCAAAGCCCAUUGCACCCCCGCCUAAACCGGCCGCAGAACCAGCUAAAAAAGAACCAGAUCCCAAACCGGAGCCAGCUCCGAAGCCAAUCGCAGAUGAUAAAAUUGAAAAAUUAUUCGAUGAGAUGGUCAAAAAUAAAAGGGUAAUGCAUACUACACGACGAGUGAUUAAACCUCCAUUAGACGCUGACGGUCCUUGGAUACCGCGACAAGAAUCUCGUAUUAUUUUGAAUCCUACUAUCGCCCCGGCACCACCACCCCAACGUGUACCACCCGUUCCACCAGCACCCGAACCUGAAAAACCGAAAUUAACGCCACAACAACAACGUCUUAAACGAGCCAUUUAUAUUGAUCGUACGUCACGUGUACUUUUCCCGGCUCUCUUUGCCACGCUGAACGGAAUUUAUUGGGCUGUAUUUUAUGAAUAUUUGUAAAGCCGAUAUCAACAACAAAACUUGUGCUGAAUAACAUUUCAAAGAUUACUAAAAAUGUAAAUACGACAACGCAUGUCGCAAUUUGUUGAUAUAUUACAUUUUAAUAGUUAAUAAAAUAAAAAACAAAAAAUGUACAAAGCUCUAUUACUACCAUACUAAUACAACGAGUACUUUUACGAUCGGAAAAUUAUAUAAUAUUAUGAUAGAUAAUAAUAUAUGAAAUAAUAGAAAAAUACUA